GGUGGGAGGGGCGUUGUCGAGAGCGGCCGCGGAGGAGAGCGAGGGUGCGGAGCAGGCGAGACGACGGGCGCUAGAGAGGACGCGGAGCUAGAGCGGCGGUGCAGAGGGACCUGCAACCCGGGGCCGGCGAGACCGCCGAGGCGGCCCAGGGCCUGGCUGCUGCCAUGACUGAGGAGAGUGAAGAGACAGUCCUGUAUAUUGAGCACCGCUAUGUCUGCUCCGAGUGCAACCAGCUCUAUGGAUCCUUGGAGGAAGUGCUGGUGCACCAGAACUCCCACGUGCCCCAGCAGCACUUUGAGCUGGUGGGCGUGGCUGACCCUGGAGUCACAGUGGCGGCAGAGGCCGCUUCAGGCACAGGCCUGUAUCAGACCCUCAUACAGGAGAGCCAGUACCAGUGUCUUGAGUGUGGGCAGCUGCUCCUGUCACCCAGCCAGCUCCUGGAGCACCAGGAGCUACACCUGAAGAUGAUAGCACCCCAGGAGGCAGUGCCAGCCGAGCCCCCACCCAAGGUGCCCCCGUUGAGCUCCAGCACCAUCCACUAUGAGUGUGUGGACUGUAAAGCUCUGUUUGCCAGCCAAGAAGUAUGGCUGAACCAUCGGCAGAUGCAUCUCCGGGCCGCACCCAGCAAAGCACCUGCCCCGGUUGUCCUGGGCGCCCCGGUUGUCUUAGGUGCCCCCGUGGGCCAGGCCCGAGUGGCUGUGGAACACUCCUACCGGAAAGCAGAAGAGGGUGGGGAAGGAGCGGCCGUCCCAUCCACGGCUGCCGCCGCUGAGGUGAUAACGGAAGUGGAGCUGCUCCUGUACAAGUGCUCCGAGUGCUCCCAGCUCUUCCAGGUGCCGGCCGACUUCCUGGAGCACCAGGCCACCCACCUUCCUGCUGCGGCCCCAGAGGCUGAGGAGCCUGUCAGAAAACAGGAAACCGUGGACCCCUCGCCCAUUGAGGCAGCUGCAUCUCAGCCUGACCCUCUGCCAGCCUCUGACCACAGUUACGAGCUACGCAAUGGGGAGGCCAUCGGGCGGGACCGCCGGGGCCGGAAGCCCCGGAGGAGCAACAGUGGGGAGUCAGGUGCUGCAGCCACCCAGGAACUGUUCUGCUCAGCCUGCGACCAGCUCUUUCUUUCACCCCACCAGCUGCAGCAGCACCUUCGGAGUCACCGGGAGGGUGUUUUUAAGUGUCCCCUGUGCAGUCGUGUCUUCCCCAGCCCUUCCAGUCUGGACCAGCACCUCGGUGACCACAGCAGCGAAUCUCAUUUCCUCUGUGUAGACUGUGGCCUGGCCUUCAGCACAGAAGCUCUCCUCCUGGCCCACCGGCGAGCCCACACCCCAAAUCCUCUACACUCAUGUCCCUGUGGGAAGACCUUUGUCAACCUCACCAAGUUCCUGUAUCACCGGCGAACCCAUGGGGCUGGAGGUGUCCCUUUGCCCACAACACCAGUUCCACCAGAAGAGCCUGCUAUUAGCUUUCCUGAGCCAGCCCCUGCAGAGACCGGAGCGCCAGAGGCCUCUGAGCUCCCCGUGUCUGAGGAGAAUGCAGUAGAGCCCGCAGCUCCGGGCACUUACCGCUGCCUCCUGUGUAGCCGUGAGUUUGGCAAGGCAUUGCAGCUGACCCGGCACCAGCGUUUUGUGCACCGGCUGGAGAGGCGCCAUAAAUGCAGCAUUUGUGGCAAAAUGUUCAAGAAGAAGUCUCACGUGCGGAACCACCUGCGCACACACACCGGAGAACGGCCCUUCUCGUGCCCUGACUGCUCGAAGCCUUUCAACUCUCCUGCCAACCUGGCCCGCCACCGGCUGACACACACAGGGGAAAGGCCCUACCGCUGUGGGGACUGUGGUAAGGCUUUCACUCAGAGCUCCACCCUGAGGCAGCAUCGCCUGGUGCACGCCCAGCACUUCCCCUACCGCUGCCAGGAGUGCGGAGUGCGAUUUCACCGCCCUUACCGCCUGCUCAUGCACCGCUACCACCACACCGGCGAGUACCCCUACAAGUGUCGCGAGUGCCCUCGCUCCUUCCUGCUGCGCCGGCUGCUAGAGGUGCACCAGCUUGUGGUCCAUGCUGGGCGCCAGCCCCACCACUGCCCAGCCUGCGGGGCUGCCUUCCCUUCCUCCCUGCGGCUUUACGAGCAUCGCUGUGCAGCUGCUGCUGCCCAGGCCCCACGGCGCUUCGAGUGUGGCACCUGUGGCAAGAAAGUGGGCUCUGCCGCGCGCCUGCAGGCACAUGAAGCUGCCCAUGCCGCUGCGGGUCCCGGAGAGGUCUUGGCUAAGGAGCCCCCGACUCCCAGGGCCUCGAGGGCCACUCGCACACCAGUCAGUCCCUCACCAGCAGCCAUUGGUGCUGCAGCCUCUGCUGCCCCGGCAGCCCCUGCCCAGCGGCGGGGCCUGGAAUGCAGUGAGUGCAAGAAGCUGUUCAGCACAGAGACAUCACUGCAGGUGCACCGACGGAUCCACACAGGUGAGCGGCCAUACCCAUGUCCAGACUGCGGCAAGGCCUUCCGCCAGAGUACCCAUCUGAAAGACCACCGGCGCUUGCACACAGGCGAGCGGCCCUUCGCCUGCGAGGUGUGCGGCAAGGCCUUCGCCAUCUCCAUGCGCCUGGCAGAACAUCGCCGCAUCCACACGGGCGAACGGCCCUACUCCUGCCCCGACUGUGGCAAGAGCUACCGCUCCUUCUCCAACCUCUGGAAGCACCGCAAGACUCACCAGCAGCAGCAUCAGGCCGCGGUCCGGCAGCAGCUGGCAGAGGCGGAGGCCGCCGUGGGCCUGGCUGUGAUGGAAACCGCGGUGGAGGCUCUGCCCCUUGUAGAGGCCAUCGAGAUCUACACUCUAGCUGAGGCGGAGGCGGUCCAGAUCAGUGGCUGAUGCUGAAGGCCCUCCAGCGCCCCUAAAACCUGUGUAUAUAUUGUACCCU